AGGGCGUUAGUUUUUUUCUUGAAUUUACAAACCUAAGAUGAAGCUAUUGAUCACCUUCGCUGUUUGCCUUUUCGGCAGUGCUAUUGCCAAUGUCGAUUGGUCUGAUGUGAAGCCACUACAUGUCGAUCCAGUAGUACCAUUCCAUCCACGUGUAUCGCAUGAUGUACCUGAGGGACGCAUUACCAAUGGCCAAGUCGCUGAGCCUAAACAAUUUCCCUACCAAGUCGGUCUAAGAUUGUACGUUCAAGGUGGUGCAGCCUGGUGUGGUGGUAGUUUGAUCUCCGAUCGUUGGGUAUUGACUGCUGCGCAUUGCACAGAUAGCUUGACUACCGGUGUUGAUGUCUACUUGGGCGCCUGGGAUCGUACCGAUCCCACCGAAGAGAACCAGCAGAUCAUUUUCGUUGCUGCCAAGAAUGUUAUCGUACAUGAAGAUUGGGUAUCCACAUUGAUAGUCAACGACAUUUCACUUAUCAAACUGCCCGUGGCAAUUGAAUUCAACGAUUACAUCCAACCCAUUGCUUUGCCCCAAAAGGCCUCCUCAUAUGACAGUUACGUUGGCAAGCAAGUGAUUGCCUCCGGCUGGGGAAAAAUCAGCGAUGACGCUACCAGUGCCACUGACUUAUUACGUUGGGCUGAAGUGCCCGUUAUGAGCAACUCCGGUUGCAAUGUUUGGUUCUUGGGUUCAGUUAAAAGUACAAAUAUUUGCAUCAAGACUACUGGCGGCACUUCAACUUGCAAUGGUGACUCUGGUGGCCCAUUGGUGUACAACGACGGUGAGAAUACCAUUUUGAUUGGUGCCACUUCCUUUGGUAUUGCUCUCGGCUGUGAGGUUGGUUGGCCAGGUGUGUUCACACGUAUCACCUCAUACUUGGAUUGGAUCGAGGAAAAAACUGGUAUCGUGUACUAAGUAAAUAAAUUAAUAAAAAACAAUUUGUUUGGAAAUUAUUUUUUUCUUUUUGAUACCAAGUAUUUUUCAACUGAAUUGCAUUUUUUUUUGAAAGAGACUUGGUGCCUAAGGGUUGUAGUAAUUUUAAAUAAAAGUUGGAGUGUAA